UGCGAACGCAUGUGCCAUGUGUACAAAAAACACGUGACACCAGAACCGAACCUAACCUGGCACAACAACUUGUUGAAUUGUUAUUGUUUGGAUUGGUUAUCAUACGCCGGGAAAUAUUUAUCGUUAUAUUUCAACUUGACUGAAUAAUUUCGUCAAAGUUGUAAAGUUUUUGAAUUUGUUUUAUUUUACAAGCUGUAUGCUUAGUAUUUUUCUUUGAAUAUGGGUAACUCUUUUACGAGUUCUUAAUCAAUCGGAAUCGAUACCGUACAACUGGGAAUCAGUUACCGAUCUUUUCCUAUUCCAAUUUGAAGACAUAUUUUUUUAAUGAUCAUUUUUUGAGCUGUAUGGUUUUGACGAAGGAACCUGACGAAGUUGCAGAGAAUGCUGUAUUUCUAUUAUUCAAAUUUGCAAGCUACCAGUGAACCAUAAAUAACAGAACAACGAGUAUCGAAAAAUAUCAGAAUGUCUUCGGAUUCAGACGAACAACCCGGACCUUCCAGUUCCAAAAGAAUAAAAAGUGAAGAUAUCGAAUAUGGGCCGUUGAAAAAACCGAAGCUCGAGCCAGAAACGCAUUUUCAUGAACAACCAGGACCUUCCAGUUCCAAAAGAAUAAAAAGUGAAGGUAAUAUUGAUACUCCCACCGUAAAAAAACUGAAACUCGAGUCAGAAAAUAUAUGUAACGAACAACCCGGACCUUCUACACGUAGUUCCAAAAGAUUAAAAAGUGAAUCCGAUGGUCCGGUACAGAAACAGAAAAAUACUGAAGAACACGAUGUUGCAGGGUUAAAAUUAACACAUCAUGGUGUCGUUUACCAACUAAAAUUAUUAACUUUAUUUUUAGUACGAGGGCUAGAGAAUAAGUACAAGUUCACUUUAGCCACCGAAAUGGUGGCAGCCGAAAAAUUUGAUGACAUUGUGUUCGGUUAUACUGAUGAAAAAAGUGGUAAAGAUGUAUGUCGCUUUGUGCAAGUAAAACACAAACAAAAUCAAAAUGAAAAAAUAACCAUUUCUGCUUUGUUGAAUGAAAAAGAUGACGAUUUCAGUUUGAAAAAAUAUUUUUUAUCGUAUUUGAAAAUUAAGGGCAAUCCCGAAUUUAAUGAUUAUGAAUUAAAAGACUUUGUUAUUAGUACUAAUAUCGAUCUACACGAAGAUUUGAAAAAUAGAUUCAAAGAAAAAACCGAUGAGGAUAAAAUUUUACAGUUCGAAUCUCGCGAAAAAGAUUUUAGGCGAUAUGAAAUUAAACUAGAGCUAUUUCCUACUUUAUUGUCAAUUUUGUCCCGAACAUCAGAACUUGAUAGACUAGCAAAUGUGCUGGCUUCUCAUAUAUCUCGUGAGAAAUGCCUAGACUUGGGAGAUGAUUUACUCAAAACCUAUCAUGCUGUGCUAGGAGAGAAGGUAAUUGAGCGUGUUGAAAUUAAAGGUGUUGAAGUAGGUAAAUUUCGUGAAGAGUUUACAGAUUUUGGAAAAUCACCAGAGUUGGAAAGGUUCAGAAAUGCUUUUUAUAACGAAUACAGACAGGUAUCAAAAGAGAAAUUCGAUGAUAACUUCUGGGAAACGAUGAAGGCGAAAAAUCUGAAAAUAUCGUCAACUUUUGGAGUAAAAUUUUGUCUCAAGCUUACUAAUCCGAAAUUAUUAGCUAAAGAAAUUGCAAAAAUGAUUAUAAAAGAUGCGAAUGAGGAAAGUGUUAAAAUAGUUCAAACAAUUAGGAGAAAUGCUAAGCUUGAUAUUGAUAAAUUAGGAGGACAUGUAUUUGUAAAAAAGUUUGACGAGGAUGAUGAUGAAUACUGUUUUAGUUCACGGUUUCUCGACGAGGGUGAAAAAUUGACUGGUAAUUUAGACGAGUUCCGUAAUGCAUUGAAAACCGAACUUGGAGAGGUAAAAUGGACUGAAAUGAGCGAGUAUAAAUUUCAUAUCUCAGAAAAAUUUAGAGAUGAAACAUGCGAAGAGAGACAGCUUUAUUCGAAAGAUUCGUUGCCAAAUGAUUCAAUUGAUAAAAAAGACAUAGAUGAGUUUCUCAAGAAAUUAGUUUUUUCAGUCAAUCAACCGAAUGAAAUUCAGUUAAGCCACGUUCUUGAAAAGGACUUACUCUUGGACGAACGUUUCAAACUAAUCGAUAGCGAACUCCUGGCAGAUAAACUUCAGAAAGAUAUGCUGAAUUGGAUGAAAGACAAAAAAGGUCGUUUUUUAACCGAUGAAGAGGGUAAUGAAUAUUUAGAAGUAAUUAAACAAAAAACUUCCAAAUUGGUAUUGAUCGGUCCUACCUUGCUGUGCCUUGCCAAAAUAAAACAAUUUCAAUUAUCAUUUCAAAAUGAGUUGAUAGCACGAGAGCUACGGGAGUUCUUAGAUUCAGAAGCUGAACAGAUUUUCAACUUGAUAAAUUCUCACGAAACCAUUUUCGGUUCACUGAAAGUUUUUCAAACUUUAAAGGAUGUCUAUCAAAAAGACGACGGUUACAUUUUCAUGAGUUUGCAAAAUGUUUUGUUUAUAGAGGAUUAUGUUAAAAAUGCUUUCAAAUCAGAAAAAUGUGAAUUACUAGUCAUCGAAUGCAAAGCUGAGAAAAACACGAAAAAGCAUGAUCAUUUAUACUUCGAAUUAGCUACGAUAUUGGAAACCCAUAAAAAGAAGAAAGUUAUUCUUAUAACUUUAAAAAAUGACACUUUUGCUCAGAAAUUCAAAGACAAUUUCUCGCGAAAUAAUCUCUAUAAAGAAAUUGAUGAUUUUAACAACAAUUUAAACGAUCUUACCGAAGAAUCUCAAGAAAAAAUUUUAAAUCAUGCAAAAGUUAUAUUUCAAGGAAAACAAGUGAAUUUAGGUUCAGUGUUGGAUGCAAAGUCAACUCAUAUAUUGACAGGAGACGUGCUCUCUAAGCUUAUUAAUGACGAGAAGAUACAGAUUGGUAAAUCACUUAUGGACUCGAAAUAUGAAGAUGUGAAGGAGUACUUCGUUGAUCGUACAUUUGGUCGUUCUCUGGUUAUCAAAAAAGCUAUUCGGAACGAAGGCAAUUUUUUCCUGAUUGAUGACAACAACAAGAACGAUACCAACAAAUUGAACGAGUAUUCCGGUGGAGAUAUUUUAGUCAUUUCUUCUACUGGUACUAAUUUCAAGAAGCUCUGCGAACAAUUCGACGACUGCAAUAUUCAUUGGCUGAAGAAGAAAAAUAAUCGAUUAAUAUGGCAAAAAUCACGCGGUGACCUGACCAAUUUGCGUGAAUUUGUAGAUACUCGUGAACAAUGCAUUAGAAAAUAUAAACCGAGUGAAAUUUCAAAAAUUACAGACGUAUCUGAUAAAGUAUUCCUACUGGCGGCAGAAGCUGGAAUGGGUAAAUCUGUGAUACUUUCUCAUUUGGCGUGUGAGACUCGAUCUGAUUCAGCUUCUGUGUGGAUUGUUAGAAGCGACUUGCUCGAAUUUUCCACACCGUUCAGUGAUCGACUGGAAAAUCAGAUUGAAAUCAACGAGCUCGAAGCCAUGAAAUUUUUAUGUGAAAUUGUCAAUUUUCAACAUUUUAAGUAUUCCGAAGAAGACGAACGAACGAAAGAGAUGAUACAUCGGGCAUUGACCGAAGGAAACAUGGAAAUAGAUUCUGUUAAGAAUGAAGGAUUAUCGUCGUUGGAAAUGAAGCUGUUCGUACGUUUUUUCCUAGAUGGCGAUGUGAUAUUGCUGUUUGACGGUUUUGACGAGAUAAGCCCAGAUUACAAUAAUGUGGUCGUAAAAUUACUGAAAGUUUUAAAAGAUACAAAAGUCGAAAAGAUUUGGUUAACUACUCGUCCUUAUAAUAUUCAAAGGGAGCCUGAAGAUAACCUGAGUACAUUUUCAUACUCAUUGAUGCCAUUUGAAAAAGAAGAGCAGCACGAUUUUUUGGUGAAAUUUUGGAGCAAAAACUUGGCAUUGGAGGAAUUAUUGAAUAGUAAAUCGAGAAGAGAAAGAGCAGACGUUUUCAUCAACGAAUUACUCGAUCGAUUUUCCGAAUCUAUAAACGAUCAAGACCGAAAGUUCUUGAGCAUUCCAUUGCAAAUUUUCAUGAUCGCUACCGUGUUUUCAGAAGAAUUUGAAAAAUUUUAUCAUUCGGGUAAUCGAGAACUUUCUCAAGAGAGUAUAGAGGUACUCGACAAGAAACUGGAUUUGGUCUCUCUUUACGAAGAUUUUGUCAAGACAUUGUUUUAUAUAAAGGAAAGGAAAAACCACGAGGAUUUUGAUCGUUCCAAAGAUAAACCUGACGUUAAACGUAGAAUAAAGGAGGCGAUUAAAAAAUUGAAAGAAGAUAAUAAAAAAUUGGCUGUUUAUUCGAUGCCUAAAAUGGAUAAAAUCCUGUCUGAAAAGGAAUUGGAAGAAGUACGUGGUUUGAUGAGUGAAAUAAGUGAUGCGAGGGAAAGGACUGGUAUUAUUAGUAAGAUUAUUAAAAAUAAUCCUAUAGAGUUGAAGAAAGCUGAUGAUUUGUCUGCUGAAAGCAACACUCUUGUGAUUACUGAAAUCGUCGAUGAUAAACCUGUAUUUAUUCAUCGUACUUUUGCAGAGUAUUUCGCUGCGAAUUAUAUUUGGGAUAAAUUCGAUUCAAUCGAGAAUGAAGAAUCUCAAAAAGAUUUUAUUCAGAAUAUUAUGAUAGGAAUUUUGGUGAAGAACAAUUUUAUUCAAGUUUGCAAGUUUUUACAGCUCAUUGCUAAGAAUUCUUCGAGUCUGGAUGCAAAUGCAACAAAAAAGAUUGAGAUGUUGUUUGUAGAGCUUGCCAAACAAAUAACAGAGUAUGGCUCUAAAAAGGCCAAGCCUACUCCGCAAUCCGCUAAAAUAUUACUAGGAAUUAUUGAUUUCUUCUUAUCAAAACAAAAUGAAGAAUAUUAUUUGAAAAUCAGAGAGAUUUUCAAGAUCAACACGAAUAACGCGAUUAAAUCAUUGCUGCUUAAAUUAUUAUGCGUUUGUGCAGAAAUGGGCUACAUUGGACUGGCCAAAGCACUGAAAAAAUACGUCGAUGAAAGAUCUUCACUCGAAUAUCCCAAAUUUGAUAAAUUGUCUUACAGUGAACUAUUGCUCAAACAUCUCGAGACUAAUGAAUGGAAUGAUAGUCCUUUAUGGAUAUCCUCUGAAAACGACCAUGACGACUUGGCGAAAUUUUUAAUUCGAGAUUUAUCUUAUAAUAUCACCUGGAAGGACAAACAUGGACAUGAUUUAAUCGAGCGUAUAUUUUUUCUAUCUGCAUUCAACGUUCUUAAAUCGUGCGUAGAACAAAAUAUUACAAACGACGAGUUUUUUAAAAAUCUUCACGGCGUUGGUCGAAAAAAAUUACCAAUUUACGAAGCCCUUAAAGCAAACGCCCCGUCGGAUGUUAUCAAAUUAUUGAUGGAGAAAACGGAUGUUGAUCUUAUAAAUAACUUCGUCGAUUGUGAUCUCGAAGAGAUGUCGAUAAAGGAACACAUGAUUUUGCUGUUGCUUCAAUACGAUAAAGAAAUAAUUGAGAUUGCGAUAAAGAAAGGUGUUGAUUUUUCUUCCAGUGUGAAUGUACAGGGUGUUCCAGAAUAACCUUUCACAUUUGUUUUUCUUAUUACUCUGAGAGAAAAAUGUUUACAAAAAUUCUUUUACAACCAAAAUGAAGUAGAAACAUGCCGUUUUUAGACCGUAUAUUUGAGUUUCCAUUAAAAAUCAAGUUUUAAAAAUUUUUUCAUCGAGAUAUUUUCCAUCAUUUUUGACACAUUCAACCGAACAUUUUUUCAAAUUAUUGAACACUUCUCUUCCUAUCAGUCUCGACUCACGAUUAAGAUUACCUAGAAGAUGUUUCAGAGUCCUAGAUUCAUCCUGAUACACUUUUGACUUGAGGUAACUCCAUAAAAAAAAAUCAUAGGCUGAAAAAUCAGGGGAUCGAGGUGGCCUUUAAAUUUCUGUGUUCAACGAAAUUAUUCAAUGUCCAAAGUGCUCACGCGCUAAACAUAUUGUGUUGGUCUCUGAAUGAUAGGUAGCUCCAACAUGUUGGAACCAAGUAAGUAACUCUAUUUUAUCUGCCUUUCAGUUCAGGAACAAGAAACUUGUUCAACAUUUUGCCUUACCCCUCACCAUCACUGUUUCAUUAAACACACAUGGUCCCACUACACCAACUUUAGCCACGCCCAACCAAACAGUCAACUUGACGGCGUGUAGAGGUUUCUC